GUGUGUGUGUGUGUGUGUGUGUGUGUGUGUGUGUGUGGUUGGGUGACUGGAAUUCCCCAUACCCUUAAAUAGAGGUCUCCCUUUGAUUCACUUAUUCAUUCACGCUGUUUCAGUCUGUGCUGCUCAAAGAUCAGACUCAACUGCAGACAUGUCUCGGAGCAAGCUUGAGACGGCUAUCAUUUCCCUGGUGGAGGUGUACGAGGAGUACGCCGGGAAGGAUGAGAAGAAGUUCCAGCUGAGCCAGGCCGAGCUCGCUGAGCUUUUUGAGAAGGAGCUGGCCAGCCCGGAGUUCCAGGGAAAAAUUGACCCAGAGGACAUUCAGGCAGCCAUGAGUAAACUGGACAAGAACCACGACGGUGAAGUGAACUUCCGCGAGUUUGGCCAGAUGGUUGGACUUCUGGCCCGUGGUGUGUUCCGCAAAAAGAGAGGCAAGGGCAAAGGAAAGAAGGAUGACGAGUAAAAGCAGGCAGGCAGACACAUAAUGUACAUACUGUAAUGUAUGAUAAACCAAAAUAUAGUUUACAAUAAAUGCAACAUUGCAAGCAAAACAAUGUGCAGGAGUCUUUUUGCUUCCAGUAAUGUAAACAAAAUACCUUCUGUCAAUAAAAUGUACUUUCUGUCAAUAGGCCUACA